GGGAGAUUUUCUCUUUUUGUUUUGUGCUAGACGGAUCCUAUUGUACACGUUGAAUUGUAUAGUUGAAGCUAAAAGGCAAUUAAUUGCUAUGGUUCGGACUGGAAUGGUCCUAUGGGCCAUAACUGCAGCGACCGCUGUGGAUGCCCUAAAUAGCUUCAUCCAACCACCACAGAUCUCCCUAGUAUCGAAACAAGACGUAAAGAGCAGCGACGGAACAUGGGACUGGGCCAAGCUCCGCCCAGCAAAAGACCUGCAAUGGAUGCCCUGCUACGAUGGGCAGUUUGACUGCGCCAGACUCGACGUCCCAAUGGAUUGGCUCAAACCUACCGAGGCGGAUCGCGUCGUCUUGGGUGUGAUACGACUCAAAGCAAAGUCGAAUAACGGCAUCGUGCCACCCGUGUUUAUCAAUCCUGGCGGUCCGGGGGGUUCUGGCGUGGCGUUUAUGAAGUCCUCUGGAGCACUUAUACAGGCCAUUGUUGGCGAUUAUCAUGAUAUUAUCGGCUUUGAUCCACGGGGAGUUGGCACGUCGACCCCUCGUGUGGACUGCUGGCAAUCGGCUGCGAAACAGGCCGCAUGGAAUCAAGGCUACGUGGGUGGCAUCGAUCAAUGGCAAGGACUUGCCUAUGAAGCCUUUGCUCGCGGCCAAGCCUUCUCAAACGUAUGCGAAAGGUCCAUGAAUGCAUCAAGGCUACUCUCGCACCUGAGCACCGCCACCGCCGCGCGAGAUAUGCUGGCAAUCCUGCAAGCAGCUGGCCACGAGAAGCUGCGCUACUGGGGAUUCAGUUACGGAACCGUCUUGGGAGGUGUAUUUGCAGGCUUAUAUCCGGAGAGAGUCGACCGGCUGGUCAGCGAUGGCAAUGUCGACUAUAACGAUUGGUUUCAUCUGGGAUACCAAAACUUCCUUGCUGAUGCUGAUACUAUUGCUGACGCCUUUGACAACAACUGCUACAAAGUAGGCGAAAGCCGAUGCGCACUUUGGUCCAACACGCCUCGCAAAAUUCGACAGAGGCGUGAACACAUUUUGGAGCAUGUCAAGAAGUAUCCCGUAGCAAUUGCUCCAGAUAGUCUCCCAGGAAGUGGUCCGGACAUUCCACGGUUCGUCACCUACUCAUUGCUUCAGAUAUUCACCCGUGGCUCGUUCUAUGCACCAGUGUACAAGGUCACAGACAUGGCGAGAGUGUAUGCGGCGCUAGAGAAGAAUGAUGGGAUGGUCUACUACAACAUCUCAACACAGCCUGGACCCGUGAUUGCCACGCAAGAUGUUCCUAUUCAUGAACCUCGGGAAACCUUUGCCGAGGCAGAUGCUGCAUUUGCAGUAUCCUGUUCCGACUGGCUCGGGAGAGAUGAUGCCGACUCAUUUCUUGCGUAUACAAACGCCUUGGAGGAGACGAGCCAAUGGGUGGGAGGCACAUCUACCUUUCAAAGACUUGCUUGUGCAGGAUGGCCAACCAACCAAAAGUGGCACAUCACGAAUAAGGACUUUAAGACAAAUACAGCCAACCCGAUUCUGUUUAUUGGAAAUAUGGCCGAUAUCAUCACCCCUCUUCAAAGUGCACGCAACAAUUCGGCAGUCUUUCCCUCCUCGGGAGUCCUCAUUCAAAAUUCGUACGGUCAUUCAUCACUGGCCUCUCCGUCUACGUGCACCGCCAAACACGUUCAAACAUACUUUCUAGACGGUAAACUGCCACCCAAGGACACCAUAUGCGAAGAAGACUAUGCUCUUUUCAAUUUUCCAGGAGUAGAAAACAUUCAUUCGCAAGAUUUGCUAUCUUCUACUAUUUUGCAGCUCUCGAUGAAGUGGGCAAAUGGGUAAAGGAGAAUAUCCGCUGUUACUCUUACAUAGCUUACAUCCAAAACUGGUUACUUCUCCAACAUGUUCCUAAUACAUGACAACUGACAGUAUAGAGUUGACUCAACGAGUUUUGGCGCUGUGUCUGUCUUUCGCACAUCCGAUUGCGACCGUUUCUAGACGAGGAGCUGCUGCCAGAAAUCAGGGUCAAAUUGAAUGUACAGGUUUGAGACACAACAUAGACCUUCAAGACACGGCACAGAGAAUUGAGACAUACCAAAGACUACCCAUUGUGGAUACGUUCAUUCCGAUUCUAAUCUGAUGUAACUGUAUUCUUUCACCCAGGAAAUAGAACCGGGCUAACUUUCUAUACCAACCCAAAUAUACAAAGCAUUCCUUU